UGAUCCUGCUUGGGGAUUUAUUUUUCUUUUCUUUGCGCCCUCGAAUAAUUCAUGUUUGCCGCGUCUCUUUGUCUCUUUCUUUCCUUCUCUCUUCUCUACUUUGCAUCUGUCUGGCCUUUUCUUUCGGGCUUUGGUGCUGAGUUCCUUCACUCAGCUACCUGCUUGCAAGCUAGCUACAUUGGACUGACUGAUGGUCAUGUGCUUAUUGGGCAUUAAUUGAUUUCUCCCCAACUCUUGCUCUUUCUCUUUCUCUUUCUCUCACUCUCGCUGGCGCUUCAAUUCUCGAUUGUCGAGCUACUUGCUAACUAUGCAGUUCUUUUUCUCUUCUUCUUCAAUGUCCGCAACCCACGCGGUUCAGGUUUCGUUUUCCACUAUGAAGGACGGCCUUGAGGAACAUAAAAUACAGAAAAGGUUGAGGUGCUGAAGAUCGGACAAAUGUUACGCUGAAGCUCAAUGUGUGUCUGGUUCACGUCGUUCACAUCAUUACAUCGGGGCUGCGAGCCGCAUCGUU